AUGGAAAAAUCACUAGCCGACGAAAUCCUGCGACUGAAACGACUACUGGCCGAAAAGGAGUCACUCAAUCGUGUUUUGCAUGCCAAGUUGGAGGAGCGGGAGCGCGAAAUAGAGCGCCUGCUUGCGCAGCUCGACAAGCUGCGGCGUAUGUAUUUUGGCAGCCAGUCCGAGAAACUCGCUCGUCGUAUUGCCCAGACUGAAGCACAACUGCAAAUACUCCAGCAAGAGAGUGACGCUAUCACCGGCCGGGUGGAUGACCCAGCGGUACCGCGGCCACUUCGCCAGACCCGCACUCGCAAACCCUUCCCUCAGGCCCUUCCUCGUGAUGAGCACCGCCUGUGUCCAACAGAAGCAGUCUGCCCGGAAUGUGGUGGAACGCUGUCAUACCUUGGAGAAGAUACUGCGGAGCAGUUAGAGCUGAUACGCAGUGCCUUCCGGGUCAUCCGCACAGUUCGGGAGAAACACACCUGCGGGCAGUGUGAUUUCAUCACACAAGCGCCAGCGCCAUCACGCCCUAUCGAGCGGGGGAGCGCCGGACCUGGCUUACUGGCUCGGGUACUCACCUCCAAAUAUGCAGAGCACACUCCACUGUAUCGCCAGUCGGAAAUCUAUGCCCGUCAGGGUGUGGAGCUGAGUCGUUCGGUGCUCUCUGGCUGGGUGGAUGCAUGUUGCAGAUUGCUGUCACCGCUGGAGGAGGCGCUGCGGCAGUAUGUGCUGACCGAUGGCAAACUACACGCAGAUGACACCCCAGUCCCGGUACUGCUCCCCGGCAAUAAAAAGACAAAAACAGGGCGUCUGUGGACGUAUGUACGUGAUGAUCGCAACGCUGGCUCCGAACUGCCGCCAGCCGUCUGGUUCGCCUACUCUCCUGAUAGAAAGGGAGUCCAUCCGCAAAGCCAUCUUACCGAUUUUAGCGGCGUCCUACAGGCAGAUGCUUACGCAGGAUUUAAUGAGCUAUAUCGGGAAGACCGCCCCUCGGGGACGAUAAAGGAAGCUGCUUGCUGGGCUCAUGCCAGGCGAAAGAUCCAUGAUGUGCAUAUCCGAACGCCAUCGGACAACACACACGAAGCCCUCAAACGAAUUGGUCAGCUUUACAGCCUUGAAGCAGAACUGCGUGGCAUGUCAGCAGAACACCGGCUGGCAGAACGAGAACGGCGGGCAAAGCCCUUACUGGAAGCGCUGGAAAUCUGGUUACGGGAAAGGAUGUCCUCCCUCUCGCGUCACUCAGAGUUGGGCAAGGCCUUCGCCUAUGCCUUGAAUCAGUGGUCAGCACUGACGUACUACGCCGAAAACGGCUGGGUAGAGGUGGACAACAACAUAGCGGAGAAUGCGCUACGGCUGGUGAGCUUGGGGCGAAAGAACUUCCUGUUUUUUGGCUCUGACCAUGGAGGUGAACGGGGAGCCUUGUUGUACAGCUUGCUCGGCACCUGCCGGUUGAACGGUGUAGACCCGGAGCAUUACCUGCGGCAUGUGCUGAACGUGAUCGCCGACUGGCCGGUGAACCGGGUUGGCGAACUGCUGCCAUGGCGUGUUGCUCUGCCCACGGAAUAA